GGUACAACGGUACAAAUACAAGCAAUAUAACCUAAAAAUUAAUGAAAUAAAUUGUGUAUGUUAAUCAACAACUGUUUUAAGGAGUCGAAUUUUAUUUCAUCUAAUUAUUUAUUUAUAAUAAUCACAAAGAGUAAACUUUUAAAUAAUGUCUAUAGAAAUUGAAUCAGCCGAUGUUAUACGGCUUAUUCAACAAUACCUAAAAGAAUCAAAUCUUGUAAAAACAUUGCAAACUUUACAGGAGGAAACUGGUGUUUCGUUGAAUACAGUGGACAGUGUAGAUGGCUUUGUAGCUGAUAUAAACAAUGGUCAUUGGGACACAGUACUUAAAGCUAUACAGUCUUUGAAGCUUCCAGAUAAAAAACUUAUUGAUCUGUACGAGCAAGUAGUCAUGGAGUUAAUUGAAUUGAGAGAACUUGGAGCAGCUAGAAGUUUACUGAGACAAACUGAACCUAUGGUAAUGAUGAAACAACAAGAACCAGAGAGAUAUAUCCAUUUAGAAAAUUUGCUUGCAAGGUCAUACUUUGAUCCUCGAGAAGCUUAUCCAGAUGGUAGUACUAAAGAAAAAAGAAGAGCUUAUAUUGCUACAUCUUUAGCAGGAGAAGUAUCAGUUGUUCCAUCAAGUAGAUUGUUAGCCCUUUUAGGACAAGCAUUGAAAUGGCAACAGCACCAAGGACUUUUACCUCCUGGCACAACUAUUGAUUUAUUCCGUGGUAAAGCUGCAGUAAGAGAUCAAGAAGAUGAAAAGUAUCCUACACAACUAUCUAAACAAAUAAAAUUUGGUACAAAAUCUCAUGUUGAGUGCGCACGAUUUUCUCCCGAUGGCCAGUAUUUAGUUACGGGAUCAGUUGAUGGUAUGAUAGAAGUAUGGAACUUCACUACUGGUAAAAUCAGAAAAGAUUUGAAAUAUCAAGCACAAGAUAAUUUUAUGAUGAUGGAAGCAGCAAUGUUAGCUUUAGCCUUCAGUAGAGAUAGUGAAAUGUUAGCUGGUGGAGCUCAAGAUGGCAAAAUAAAAAUUUGGAAAGUUCAGAGUGGUCAAACAUUAAGAAAAUUUGAAAAAGCUCACACCAAAGGUGUUACAUGCUUACAGUUUAGUAGAGAUAACAGUCAAAUUCUUUCAGCCUCAUUUGAUGCAACAAUCAGGAUUCAUGGGCUAAAAUCAGGCAAAACAUUGAAAGAGUUUAGAGGACAUACUUCAUAUGUUAAUGAAGUUAUAUUCUCUUCGGAUGCACACAAUAUUAUUAGUGGCUCUUCAGAUGGAACUGUUAAAGUUUGGAGUUUGAAGACAACUGAAUGUAUUGGAACCUAUAAGUCAUUAGGAGCUGCCGAUUUAACUGUAAAUAGUGUACAUUCGUUACCAAAAAACCCGGAACAUUUUGUAGUUUGUAAUCGUUCAAACACAGUUGUAAUUAUGAAUAUGCAAGGACAAAUAGUGAGAUCAUUUUCAAGCGGUAAGCGUGAAGGGGGUGACUUUGUUUGUGCAGUUGUUUCACCCAAAGGAGAGUAUAUUUAUUGUGUUGGUGAAGAUUUUGUACUGUAUUGUUUCUCUACUACAUCUGGAAAACUCGAGAGAACUUUAAACAUUCACGAAAAAGAUGUUAUUGGAUUAGCACAUCAUCCCCAUCAAAACUUACUGUGUUCUUACAGUGAAGACGGUUUAGUAAAGCUAUGGAAACCUUGAAUUUUUCAUAUAAGGAUGGCGUACCAAUUAUUCAUUUUCAAUCUAUCUGUCAUUACAAAACAGAGCCAUUUUAAAACUGUUAUGACUUGUUGCAUGUCUUAAAAUACUAUAGUAUUGCAAUUAUUAUGAAAUCUAUAUGCAAUAACUGACACUGUAUAAUGAUAAUUUUAUACGAUCAAGUUGACUAUAAUUUAAUAGGUUUUGUAUUGAACGAAAUUUAGUUUGAUGGCUUUGCAAUGCAGAAUCUGCGUAUGUAUUUUAAUACUCAAUGUACGUAAUUUUUUACUAAUUAUUGUCGUGCUGAAAACUUAUCAGUUCUAAUAAUUAUCAAAAGAGGUAUAUAGUAUCCAGUACUGUAUUUAAGUAUAUAUGUAUGUACAUUAUAUAUUUUUGCGUAUAUAUAUAUAUAUAUAUAUAUAUAUAUCAAAUUUAUCUAUAUUUGAUUUGGUUCAGACAGUGGGGUUAAAGUGCUUUUGACAGAAUUUUGUGAAAUUAAAAUGAAAUGUGCAUUCUUUUCAACCAUAAUUCGUUCCUAUUUUGAAUAAAAAUUAACUUCGAUUUGUUAGUAUAACUUGAACCACUUAUAAGAAUGUAAUGAUAUCGAUUUUUGUAACAAUUCUGUCUUCGCUUCAAUUUUUUCAAAAGUUGGUUUUGAACUUUUUUGGAAUGCUGCGGUGAUUUCAUUGCUUAAUAAAUUGUUAGUAAACAGAAAACUUUAAAUAUCUGGAACUUUAUUUCGAAAAUGUAUUCAAAUGAUUUCUAGAACAAAAUGUUUUAGGCAAUACAAGUGACCACUCUCUAAAUUAUAUUAUUAGUAACUAGGAAUAGGCAAUGUAUUUCAUAUUUAUAUGAUAUGUAGUUAAAUUUAGUG